ACGCCGCCAUGUUGGUUCAGUUCGACCUUUGACCUGCAGGUCAUGCUGAGGUCAAGAAGAUGGCUGCCCCCAUCCACAGAUGUGCCUGCCGGAUUAUACUAAGAUCUCGGAUAAGUCGAGUGCAGAGUGACGCUAGGGCCCUCAAUACGUCAGGAAUAGCUGGAAAUAAGCCCCAAACUGCACCUACGGAACAAAAGGCUUCAGGGUCUGAAGAAGUUCCACUUGUCAUCCCCAGGAAAAAGAGAUGGGAUAAGCUUGCAGUCUUGAAGGCACUUUCAACCACUGUCAAAAGGGAUCCCACUUCUGUGGACUACAAUUUUAUUGAUGAUCCCUACUUGAUUCCAAGAACAACCAUGCAGUAUAAAUGGUUUUCUCUAGCUAAGGAGUCUGGACAGAAGGCAGCUGAGUUCUUCAUCCACAGAAAUCCACAGUACUUUCAGCAGGAAUUUGCUGAACCUCCCAUAGAGGACAGUGAAGAGCCCCCCAGACGUAAGGGUAAUGUGAAGGGGAGAAUGAGGAGGGCAAAUGAGCCUGCUGUACAUCGCUGGAGGGAUGGAGAUGAUGCAGACAGACUGUUCAACUCCCUUGCUGAACCAAGCGCUCGCAACUAUUGCAGCCUCAUCAAGGGUCUAGUCAAGUACGAGGCAGCGGACCAGGCCUUUAGAACAUAUAAUGACAUGCAGCAGAAAGGAUUACGAGCUGAUGCAUCCACCUACAAUGCUCUUAUCAAAUCAGUCAAGGAGGUCAGAGACCGGUAUGAGGAGAGAUGGGACCUUGUUCAGCAACUGCUGAAUCAGAUGAGACUGGAGAAGAUCAGGCCCACUCUGCAGACCUUCAACGCCACGCUGAGGUCUAUCCGCUUCUGUGGCAUGACUGGUAGGAAGUCAUGUUUAGAUGUUCUCAGGGAGAUGGCUCACCUGGGGAUAGAACCAUCGCUGGCCACUUAUAAUCACAUAAUGUCCAUCUUCAAUCCAUCCAAUUCACCGCCAAGUCAAAUGCUGUACCAGAUAAUGGAUGAGGUGGAAGGAAAGGAGUUUACAAUACAAGACCAGGAUGACAGUCGUUUCUUUGUGGAUGCCAUGAACAUGUGCCUCCGCAUGAAUGAUGUUGAGCUUGCCUAUCGGCUGCACAAGUUACAGGAGACAGGGGAAAACUGGAGGCUCCUGGGAGAUGCAUACAUACAGUCUGUGUACUAUGGAAAGUUUCUGAAUCUCAUCUGUCAGAUGGAGGGAGGAGAGGAGAUGUGGAAGUGGUACAGGAACCUGGUGCCCUCGGUGUAUUAUCCAAAUGUGCCUUCAAUCUUAAACAUCCUGAAGUCACUGGAGGUCAGCAACAUGCAUCACAAGGUCACAGACUUGUGGGAAGAUAUUCGGUCCCUGCAGCACUUUAACAAGCAGGAGUUAGUGGAGGCUGUUCUUGAGUUCAUGGCCAGGGAGAAACAGUCCCCUGAGAUCCAACUGCUGUUCAUGCCAGUUGUACAAAACAUCAAGGACAACAUUGAGUUUUACUACAAGGCAACAGCCCCAGCUCGCAGAGCAACUCUAAGCUGGAGCUCCGAGUCUCUGAGCAAUCUCUUGGUCCUGUUUCUCAGAGCUGGGCAACUCAAGAAGGCCAGUGAGAUGCUUCCAUUGUUCAAGGAGUAUACCAAAACUCCAAGGGCUGAGGCUAUGGAGGAGUACCUGGCUGUCUGUGUUGAAGCUAAGGACAAAGCCAAAGCAAAGGCUGGUUUGAGCGUCGCUGUUCACUGUGGACUUCCCAAGAUCGUGGAAUAUGCUGAGAACCUGAAAUCUGCCAUGACUGAAAUAAAACAGAGUGAGAUAGAUGCUAUCCUCAAGGAAGAGCUCGGUGUGGGAGCAGAAGAAGUGAAGACCAACCAGUAACUCUGUACAAGCAGAAAACUGUCAUUGACAUGUUGAACAAGAAACAGACUUGCAUUGAAAAAAACACAUAAGUAGUGCUGAAGAAAGUUUUGAGUUACUUUGCAAGUUGCCCAGUGUUAUAUUAAAGCUAGUGAAUUAUCUUUA